CCCGCCCCGCGGCGGGCGCGGAUUGGCUGCGGGCCUCACGCGAGGCGCGCGGGAAGGGCAAGGGGGGGGGGGGGGGGAGCGAGCUCGUCUGCCCGCGAGUAACCCCGGCAGCGCCCCGCGCGACCUCCCCGCGGCUGAGGCGGCGGCGGCAAAGAUGGCGGCGCUGAGCAAGUCCAUCCCCCACAGCUGCUACGAGAUCGGGCACACCUGGCACCCCCGCUGCGCCGUGGCCGCCGCGCACGUCAGCCGCAGCGCGCUGGCGGAGUCCCUCCGCAUCUACGGCACCUUGUACCUGAUUGCAGCUAUUCUCAGGAAACGAAAACUUGACUAUUAUUUGUACAAACUGCUACCUGAGAUCUUGCAAUCAACUUCCUUUCUGACAGCAAAUGGGACCUUGUAUAUUGUUUGCUUUUGCAUUCUAAGGAAGAUACUUGGAAAAUUCUACAUCUGGUCUCCUGGCUUUGGUGCUGCAUUACCUGCCUCCUACAUGGCUAUUCUCAUUGAAAGGAAAAGCAGGAGAGGUCUCCUCACAAUCUACAUGGCCAAUCAAGCCACAGAAACCUUGUUCCGAAUGGCAGUGGCACGAGGGACGAUCACACCAUUAAGACAUGGAGAAGUCCUUUUGUUCUGCAUCACAGCUGCUCUGUUCAUGUUCUUUUUCAGAUGCAAAGACGGCUUGAAAGGAUUUACAUACUCUGCACUAAAGUUCAUUGUAGGGAAAGAAGAAAUCCCCACUCAUUCGUUUUCACCUGAAACAGCAUUUUCAAAAACAGAUAGAAAGAUAAAGCCCUGUGAAAAAGUAUCACAGCGGAUGAACAUACUGACUCUGACAAAAAAGCUCAUGGACAAAGUGUGCAAACAUGGCCCAAGGCACAGAUGCUGUAAACACUACGGAGAUAAUUGCAUCUCAUAUUGUAUUAAAGGCUUCAUUAGGAUGUUUAGCAUCGGUUACCUGAUCCAGUGUUGCCUUCGGAUUCCAUCCACCUUCCGGCAUCUGUUUACACAACCAUCCAGGCUACUUUCACUCUUCUACAACAAGGAAAACUUCCAGCUCGGAGCUUUUCUGGGAUCUUUCGUCAGUAUAUACAAAGGUACUAGUUGCUUCCUGCGUUGGGUACGAAACCUAGAUGAUGAGCUUCAUGCACUUGUAGCUGGGUGUCUAGCAGGAAUUUCCAUGAUGUUUUACAAAAGUACUACUAUCUCUAUGUAUCUGGCGUCCAAAUUAGUAGAGACUAUAUACUUCAAAGGCAUUGAAGCAGGGAAGGUUCCCUAUUUUCCUCAUGCAGAUAGCAUCAUCUAUGCCAUUUCCACGUCGAUAUGCUUUCAGGCAGCUGUCAUGGAAGUUCAGAACCUGAGACCUUCAUACUGGAAGUUUCUUCUUCGACUAACAAAGGGCAGGUUUGCUGUUAUGAACAGGAAAGCUUUAGAUGUAUUUGGUACCGAAGCAUCUAAGUACUUCAAGGAUUUCACACCUAAGCUUGACCCAAGAUACACUGUUGUACCACCAGAGCUACCGCUGGAGUUGUCUUGAACACGACAGUGUAUCUUGUCAUUGAAUGUGAUCAGCUUUUUGUCCUGAGAAGUUAAUUAACUUAACAGUCAUAUAUAUGGAGGAGGGCUUGGGCUCCACUUCAGUAUUAUUUCAAUGAGAAAUGCUUUUUACCAAUCAAAAGUACUGAAGCUUUGCAGGAAAGUGUGGCUUAAUGAUUAAGCCCCUUCCAUAGACAGAAACUAUUUUUGGAUGACUGUAGUUGGUUGGCAGUCUGGUAGAUUCCUGGAUGAAUUAAACAAAUGAGUAAUAUAUUUAGAGAAGUAAAAUAUAAAGUAUCCAUAACAACUUCCAGAAAAAUCUGUAAUUCACAGUAGUAAAACUAAAAGUAAUUCUUAAUUUAGAAAGGAAGACAAGUGGCAUAGUUUAGCUCCAGAAUUUUGGCUGAUCUUACAGCUGUUGCAGUCAGGUAGAAAUGCCUCCUUGGAUUUCUAAAUUGUGUCACUGCCCACUGGUUAUUUAAAACAGCAGUACUUUUACACAGCUGUAGCUGCAAAAUAAGGGAUUCCUCUGGAAA